AUGUCGGACGCACAGCCCCCCAACUCUGGGAACGGCGACGACAACCCACAGCCACCUGUAUCGCAGGCUGGCCCGUCGUCCUCCACCGCCGCUGCCACGGACGGAGACACCAAGAUGGCGCCCGCCGAGCCCGAAGAGGAGCCGCUGCCAGCCGAGAUCCUCGAGGCAUCCAUCGACGAGAUCCAGACGCGCACGCGGCUACUAGAGAACGACGUCAAGGUGAUGCGUUCGGAACACAUGCGCCUCAUGCACGAGCAGUCGUCCAAGCGCGACAUGAUCAAGGACAACGCGGACAAGAUCAAGCAGAACAAGACGCUCCCCUACCUCGUCGGCAACGUCGUCGAGAUCCUCGACAUCGACCCGGACAUCGACGAGGACUCGGAGGAGGGUGCCAAUGUCGACCUCGACGCGAGACGCAAGGGCAAGUGCGCCGUGAUCAAGACUUCCACACGCCAGACCAUCUUCCUGCCACUCAUCGGCCUGGUGCCCGCCGAGGAGCUGAGGCCCGGCGACCUGAUCGGCGUCAACAAGGACAGCUACCUCGUGCUGGACAAGCUGCCAGCCGAGUACGACUCGCGUGUCAAGGCGAUGGAGGUGGACGAGCGACCCACCGAGACGUACACGGACAUUGGCGGUCUGGACAAGCAGAUCGAGGAGCUGGUCGAGGCGAUCGUGCUGCCCAUGCAGCAGGAGCAAAAGUUCAAGAACCUCGGCAUCCGCCCGCCCAAGGGUGCGCUCAUGUACGGCCCGCCCGGUACGGGCAAGACGCUGCUGGCACGUGCGUGUGCGGCGCAAACCAACGCAUGCUACCUCAAGCUCGCCGGUCCUUCGCUCGUGCAGAUGUUCAUCGGUGACGGUGCCAAGCUGGUGCGUGAUGCAUUCGAGCUGGCCAAGGAGAAGGCGCCGGCGAUCAUCUUUAUCGACGAGUUGGAUGCGAUAGGAACCAAGCGUUUCGACUCGGACAAGAGUGGUGAUCGCGAGGUGCAGCGUACGAUGCUCGAACUGCUCAACCAGCUCGACGGUUUUUCGUCCGACGAGCGCAUCAAGGUGAUUGCGGCGACGAACCGAAUCGACAUUCUCGAUCCGGCGCUGCUGCGAUCGGGACGUCUGGACCGCAAGAUUGAAUUCCCGCUGCCCAACGAGGAGGCGCGCGCACGCAUCAUGGAGAUCCACUCGAGGAAGAUGGCCGUCGGUCCCAACGUCAACUUUGACGAACUCGCGCGAUCCACCGACGAGAUGAACGGUGCCCAGCUCAAGGCGGUUUGCGUCGAGGCGGGUAUGAUUGCGCUGCGCGACGGCGCAACGGUGCUCGACCACGAACACUUCCACGGCGGCAUCCAGGAGGUGCAGGCAAAGAAGAAGAACGACCAGUUCUACUUCUCGUAG